GUCCGUGUCAGGAUCACUGUUGCCGUCGCUCUAUCUUCCUGCCUCUUUAUUUCUUCUCUAGAUGCCCUCAUCCUCAAGUACUCUCUUCCCUUCUCCUUGACCUCCAUCGUCUCCUCCAAUGCGUCGCGCUGCCCUUUUCGCCCUCCGCUCGGCCCGACGCUCUGCCUUUCGAAAGCUCGUCUCCAAAUCCUCCCCCUUCGCACCUCCAAACCAUGUCGUAGCCUCAGCCAAUGCUCAUUCAUCCUCCCUCGUCCGCAGAUACAGUACGUCUCGAACACCGUUUCAGUCUUCUAUGCGUAUCCCCAAGAUACCAAUCCUCUUCGUCGGAUCCCUAGGAGCGAUUGGAGCCUGGUAUGCUUACAGAGGUGAUGGGCCAGAGCAUCUUCUAAAAAGUCAACCAUUGUCGGUAUCAGCACAGCCCAGGAGAGCUCUGAGCACCACAGCAGAUACUGCGCAGCCUACUGCAGAACCUACCGGCCCUGCGUCGGUAACUGCGGGUCCCGAGCCGUAUCGGAAAGCACUGGUGGUUGACAACGAUCAAUUCUUCACGGGGUCCAUAGUUGGAGACGGUCCUUUGGCCAAGGACACAGAUGACUACGGCAGGAAGGUGUUGGAGAUGAUGACCCCUGAGCAAGCCACAGAAAGAUUACGGAAGAAUGAGCAGUCAUUCCUGGUCGGUCGAGGACGAGGUGUGGUGAGAUAUGACAUGGUCCAGCUCCCCAGCAACGACCCAAUUGAGGAUGACCACGCAGAGAAGAUUGUCGAAGUUCCGAACACAGUCGCUGCAACGGAGGGCUCAACAUCUUCGGACUGGAUGUUCUGGGGUGUUUUCGACGGCCAUUCAGGAUGGACAACCUCUGCCAAACUGCGCCAGGUCUUGAUCUCUUUCGCGGCCCGCGAACUUAAUCGCACCUACAAAGCGGCUUUAUCAGACGCAAAAUCCCCUUUUCCUUCGCCCGCAGCCAUUGACCAAGCCCUCAAAUCCGCCUUCGUCAAACUGGACAACGAAAUCUGUUUGGACAGCGUCAACAAACUCAGCAAAAACCCUAGCAAACGGCUCGCCGCCGAAAUCCUUGCCCCUGCCCUGUCAGGCUCCUGCGCCCUACUGUCUUUCUACGAUUCUCAAUCAAAGACCCUCCGCGUCGCAUGUACCGGCGAUUCUCGUGCAGUACUGGGCCGUCGCAAUCCCCAAACGGGUAAAUGGUUUGCCACCCCCCUAUCAGAAGAUCAGACAGGUUCCAAUCCGAAUGAAGAGGCACGUAUGCGCGCCGAACAUCCGGGUGAGGAAUAUGUUAUUCGAGCCGGCCGAGUGUUGGGAAAUCUAGAACCAACUCGCGCAUUCGGGGAUGCGUUCUACAAGUGGUCGCGCGAGACUCAGGACCGCAUCAAGAAGAACUUCUUCGGAAGGACACCACAUCAGCUGCUGAAAACGCCGCCGUAUGUCACUGCGGAGCCUGUGGUGUCGAGCACAAAGAUAAAUCCCUCCGACGGCGACUUUCUCGUGAUGGCCACUGACGGGCUGUGGGAGAUGCUGACAAAUGAAGAAGUUGUUGGGCUCGUGGGCCAGUGGAUUGAACAUCAGAACAAACUUGCCAGUAGCAAGGCUUCUCCCGGUUCGAAUACGGCUGCAUGGUUGACGAGUUGGUUCAAAUCAUCGCCGGGUGGUCUACCGGUUGAGAAAGGUGGCAAUAUGGACAAGACUGGCCGCAUUGACACAUCCUAUAACCAGAAGGACGCUAAGGAUGGCAAAGACUCCAACGCCAACAAUGUCGAAAAGCCCAUCCGACAGCAGCAGUGGGACAUUCCUGCUUCGCCCCCUUCCACUUCCAAUCGCUUCGUCGUCGAGGACAAGAACUGUGCAACUCACCUCAUCCGCAACGCAUUGGGAGGAAAAGAUCGAGACAUGGUGUGCGCGCUGCUCACGCUACCGAGCCCUUACAGUCGACGGUACAGAGAUGAUCUGACAGUCCAGGUUAUUUUUUUCGGCGAGGCUGGCGAAGCCGAUGGCAAGGUCGUGAUCAACGACGAAGCAACAGCACGGCAGGUACAGAAAACUGAGGACGGGCAAUUGAAGGCAAAGUUGUGAAGGAAGGGAACCUGUUCUUCCGAACAGAGAAAUUUGGAGAGCGCAGGACCCUCGAGAUCUUGAUCACCCUUCGAGUGCUUGCGCCCAUGAGGAUCCUCGGGGUCUGGUUUGGCGUUCUCAUUCAUGCCCACCAUCGUGCAGUGCUUCGAGCUAAAGCGAAAAGAAGUUUUGAUGCUGAUGUCUACUUCAUCACAUCACAUUGCCCACUUGAUAUAGGGUUUUGAUGGAGGGCCUACGCACCGCUAGAGCAAGUGCAUUGUCUUGGUGUGCGAUGAGCAGUUUUAAAGACUUCCUCUCAAACAUCUGUCUUAGUACGAUAUCUGGGCGCAAGGGAUACGAGAUAGUUCUUGCUCAGUGUAGAACCGCAGGGUGGUCGGAGUUACAAAACUGGCCGGAAGGGCUAAACCGUGUCAUUUAUUGGUCGCUACGCGCACAGAGGCAGGGCGGUUCAAGAGACAUACACGAAUGGAGUCGUGCCAGUUACUGAGGCCAUUGCAAUCUCUCCUGGCGCCUUGUAUUAUCAUUGCUUGCUGUACAUUGAAGUCCUAUUCAUUGCAGAACUCUAAAC